UUGACUUAUUUCAGAGUCAGUGUGGAUUUCAAACAACAUUAACGUAAACGUCAUUUGGAAUAUAUCUCAGAUAAAUUAGUUUGAACUGAAGACCAUCGAGAGGUUUUUCAAUGUGAUCUGACAAUUUACAAAAGUAGCCUGUAACAUUCAUAAGUCUGAUACAAAGAGGGUAAUAAAACCUGAGUCAUUUUAUCUGUAUUUUCAUUAUGACUUGUUUAUGUUAAUCGUAUCGAUAUUUUAUCCAUGUGUAGCCAUGAACUGAAUUAAAAACUAAGAUUCGUUAACUUUAUCAAAAAUUAUUAUUUGUUUAUGUCGCAAAGUAGAAGUAAUCAGGUCAAUAGUUUUAAAUUUCACAAUAAUGAGGAAUAGUUGAAUGUAGAAUACAAAAUAGCAGUUUUGCAUCAAAUCACAGGAGAGCACCAUGGAGGAGGGAGUUAAAAGUCGUAUCCAAUCUUUUGAUCAUGACGCUGUCCCUACACAGGAAAUUGAUAUCGAAGACAAUGAAAUUUCAAGCGAACACAAAUCAAAAGACACAUCCAGUGAUGUAAAGACAAGUAAAAGCACACAUUUGCAGAUACUGAGGAGUGUGUGCGCUACGUGCGCCCAUAUGAAUUUGGUGUGUAUGGAAAUUAAAUUGUGGUCUUGAAUAAAGAAAAUCAAGAAGAUUCAAAAUCACUUCACAGAUGAAAGUCUUUAACUCUUUAACAUCAAAUUUUAUAUAGAAAAGUUUAACGAAAGUUCCUUAAUGUAGAAGUUUACUUGAAUCCAUUAAUGCUGAACUAUGUAAAAGUUAGGAAAAUGUAUUCGAUGUUAAAUUACACAAAGCAUAUGUGUAACAUUUAUAUUCUGUCAGCUACAAUAUUCUGUUGUUCCUGUAGGGUUGGUUUAAAGGCCAGAUCGGACCCGCCUUUCCUGAUACCAUGAUGAUUUCCGGAGUUGAUCUUGAAAAAGGAUCUGCUUUUAUGACAUCACUCUACGCAGGUCAUUUAAUUGGCUCAGUCCUGGCCGGUUUUAUUUUUGGUAAAAUUAACAAAUAUCUUUUAUUUGCUUCUACUUUGCUACUUUAUAGCCUUUCAGUAGCAGUCAUUCCCUGGUGUUUCCUCUACGAACUGAUGGUAGCUUCAUUUGUAUUUCUUGGUGUCUGCUGUGGGAUUAUUUCAGUUGCUGUAGGUCCUGAGCUUGUGGAUAUUUGGGGUCCAACACCUCGAGGUCGUUCAUAUCUCAUGGUCAGCACUGUUGCAGCCGGUAUCGCCAGUGUCGUAGCCCCUUUGGUGACGGCUCCAUUUCUACUAAAACAGACCAACCAUGGCAGAGUCAACACACACGACACUUCAUGGAAUUCAACGUUUUCUCCUACUAUAUAUACAUAUAUUAACAGCACUAUCCAAUCCCGCCUGAAUGAUAUGGAGCUACCAACUGAAAACUCUACAUUGAAAACCGAAAACGAUUCAAAGCUAUAUAUAGCAUAUACAAUAUCAGCAGUAUUAGGUUUGUUGACAGCUGUGCUCUUCUUCGUGUUGUUUUGUCAACCAGGACCAGUUAACGAACAGAAACAAAACAGUGGUAAAUUGGAAUUCAUUGGGAAACGAUCGAUAUUGGUUAAACGCUUACAAUUGUUCAACAUUGCCAUUUUCGGGUUAACACAAAGUGCGAUCGAUUUAACAUUCGCCGGAUAUCUUGCAGUAUUCUGUAUCAAUUAUCUUGGUUGGACAAAGACAUUAGGAGCUACUGUUACCUCUGUUGCCUUUUUCGCUAGACUUACUGGGACUUUUAGCGGAAUAUUCCUUGUAAGGUAUUUUCCCUCUCACUAUAUAUUGCUAACAUCCACUAUUGUAUCCACUGUGGGAUUGAUCGGUCUAACUAUUAGCGCGCAUGUAUAUUUUGAUGUUGGUAUAUGGAUAUCAGUGGGAGUUAUUGGUAUUCCGUUCGGUCUUAUUUGGCCAAAUUUGAUAAGUUGGAUAAAUGUAAACCUCAUUCCUUUUCGUAAUCAAAUUUCAGGCGUUCUGGCUUGCUGUGUCUUUUUAGGUGCUUUUCUUUCUCCUGUUCUACUCGGAUACCUGAUGGAAGAAGUAUCUCUUCUUUGGUUUUGUUACUUGUGUUGUUGUAAGUCUGUGGUAAUUGUUAUCAAUGCUAUCCUAAUGGUAUUAUACACAGCACCCACAGAUACCAAACAAUAAUAUACUAGCGGGGAAGUACCAAACAACAUACUUCAGAAUAAGAUUGUUUCCUGAUAUUCCUUAUGAACUUACUUGCGGUCCCUGGAAUCUCUAUGCCGCAGUUUUAUAUUCAUUAUUCGGUUAUACUGUGUAAUCUAUUUAUCAAUAAAUUCAUGUUGA